AGCUCAGUAAAAGACUGAAACAAUCAAUUCCGCACCAUACUCCAGGCAGCCAUGGCUACCACAACAAGCCUCUCCUUCCUCUUCUUCUCCUUCCUCCUCCUUUCCGCCGACAUUUCGUCGGCCCAACAGACUAAUGGGUCAAGCAAGAUCAAGACCAUCGUAGUCCUGGUAAUGGAGAACAGAUCCUUCGACCACAUGCUUGGCUGGAUGAAGAAAUCCAUCAACCCCCUAAUCAACGGCGUCACCGGAUCCGAAUGCAACCCUCUCAACGCCACCGCUUCCCCCUCCACAAUCUGCUUCACCGACGACGCCCAAUUCGUGGAUCCGGAUCCGGGUCACUCCUUUGAGGAAGUCCUCCAGCAGGUCUUCGGAUCCGGGUCGAUCCCUUCCAUGUCCGGGUUCGUCCAGCAAGCCUUAUCCCUUUCCCCAAAUCUCUCCCAAGCCGUGAUGAAAGGGUUCAGCCCCGAUUCCCUGCCGGUCUACUCAACCCUCGUCGACCAAUUCGCCGUAUUCGACCGGUGGUUCUCCUCGAUCCCGGGCCCGACCCAGCCCAACCGGCUCUUCGUCUACUCGGCCACCUCCCACGGUUCGACCAGUCACGUGGCCAAGCAGCUCGCCCUGGGCUACCCGCAGAAGACCAUCUUCGAUUCGCUCCACGACGACGGCAGGAGCUUCGGCGUCUACUUUCAGAACAUCCCCACCACGCUAUUUUUCCGGAACUUGAGGAGAUUGAAGUACGUUUUCAAUUUCCACCCGUUCGAUUCGGCGUUUAAGAGAGAUGCGAAGGCCGGGAAGCUCCCGAAUCUGGCCGUGAUUGAGCCCAGGUACUUCGAUUUCCCCGGGUUCCCUGGGAACGACGACCACCCUUCCCACGACGUCGCCGACGGGCAGAAGCUGGUGAAGGAAGUGUACGAGAGCUUGAGGAGCAGCCCGCAGUGGAACGAGACGCUGCUGUUGAUUACCUACGAUGAGCACGGCGGGUUCUACGACCAUGUUCGGACCCCUUUUGUCGGUGUGCCUAACCCGGAUGGGAAUACGGGUCCUGCACCGUUUUUCUUUAAUUUCGACCGGCUUGGGGUUCGGGUGCCCACCAUUAUGGUCUCGCCUUGGAUCAAGAAACGAACCGUGAUGAGCCGGCCCAACGGGCCAGAGCCCAGCUCGGAGUUCGAGCACUCUUCGAUUCCGGCAACCAUAAAGAAAUUGUUCAAUCUGUCAUCCAACUUCUUAACACACAGGGAUGCGUGGGCCGGCACAUUUGAAGGCCUCUUUGACGAGUUAACCUCUCCUAGAACUGAUUGCCCCGAGACAUUGCCAGAUGUGGGUCCGGUGAGAAGGACGGCGGUGAAAGAGAGGGAAAUGGGGAAGAAGCUGUCACAAUUCCAGAGCGAGGUGGUUCAGCUGGCGGCGGUGCUUAACGGCGAUCACUUCUUGAGCAGCUUUCCGGGUGAAAUGAGCAAGAAAAUGAACGUCGAGGAAGCUCAUGAAUACGUGAAAGGUGCAGUGACUAGGUUUAUAAGAGCGAGCAAAGAGGCGAUUAAGUUGGGAGCACAUGAAUCUGCCAUUGUAGAUAUGAGGUCCUCCCUCACAACUAGAUCUUUUGGUCGCAAUUAAUAAACAAACCAAAGCGUAAAAAGAAAAGAAGUUACCGUUUCAAAAUUUUGGUACUAAAGAUGGGAAAUAGGUUGCCCAAUUUUUUGAGAAAUUGAUCCAAGAAUAACGAGAUGGGUUUUAACUUUUAACCAAGGGCAUCAGACUUGAUUUUCCCUGACGACUGUAUUUUUUAAUAGAUAAAUUAGCAAAUUGUAGCUACAAUGACAAUGGGUCAAUGUCUCAUCCACUGCUU